AUGGUCGACGAGGCCAGGCUUUACCGUGAUAAGCUCUCUGAUCUAUCGAAUGGGACGGGCUGCGUACCGCGGUCCUAUGGCGUUUAUCAAGUCGUGAACUACAGACCUCAUGACUCCGAUGAUCUUUCCUUUGGCUGUAUGAUCAUCGAGGACUGUGGCGUUCCUGCGCGGUCUUUGCUGGACUCGGGGUAUGCGGACGAGGUCUUGUUCUGCACGCGGCUCGUCGUUCUCGUCUACGAGCUCCACAAACGGGGCGUGGCUCACAGACAGAUCGAGGACAGGCAUGUCUUGCAGAAGGACGGCUGGCCGUACAUUGUCGACUUCAGCAAAGCCACGUUCGAUCACGACUGCCCUCGAAAGUCCGAUAAUCUGGAUGAUCGAGACUACGAUGGGGGCACGCAUCCCCUUGCGGAGGAGUCUGGCUGUAGAGACAUCUACGAGGUUUACCAAGAGACUGGGAUGUGGUUACCGAUGAACUUGCGCUGCGACGGCUAUUUCUGGACUGCCAGCGUGUUUGUGGACAACCCCUGGGCGUUGACCGACAAAUUACUGGAUGGAGGCUCGCUUCAUGACGAGAUGGCGCCUCAGUACGCCGCUCGUCAGGCUCUCACCCUGGCGCACGAAGCUAUCUGCGACUAUUGUAGGAAGUAUCUUCCCGCACGCGGCGUAGAGUAUGAAGACGAUAUUCCCAUCAACAUCAAGUUGGAGAAGUAUUGUCGGGAGUACGAGAACGAGGUUGCUUGGCGUUCUCCGCUGAAGUGA